GGGUAGAGACGGGAGCGUCGAGAAGCGGAGCGCAAAUAUUAUCUUGUAGCGGGUGCAAGAUCAAGCUGCGGAAAUCCAUGAGCACGCGGCCGUCGAUUGGCGCAGUUUGAAAUCGAUCUCGUGGGGUCAGUCCUCCAGUCGCCCAUUGCCCCUGCCCCAGUCCCCUAGGCUGCCUGAAAGUUGCCGGUGCCCCUUUUCUUGCUAUUAGCCUCAUCUGCUCGCGGCCUCGAGCGGAGCCCGGUUUUGUUGUUGUUGUUGUUGUUGCUGCUGCUGCUGCUGAGGAGCGAGGAGCGAGGGCGAUCUGUCUUUCGAACGAUCGAUUGAUCGGGAGAUUUCCGAGACAUGGCGUGCGUGGCAGCCGUAGCCGGAGCGUCCGCAGCAGCCGUGAGCUCCGCGGCCGUGUCGCGCAGCUCCGUCAGCUGCUCUGCGUCCUCCAGCCCUCUGCUUCUCUGCAAGAGAACCGUCUUCGGAGCUGCUGUCAGGAGUAGCAAUGCUUCCCGGAGAGGGUCCUUGAGAUUGCAGCCCCUUGUUGUGAGGGCAGCCUCAUCAGACGAAACUUCUGACCCCUCCAAGCAGCUCGAUGACGUCGUCGGUGAUCUCAAGGCUAAGUGGGACGCCAUUGAGAACAAGUCUGCCGUAGCUGUGUACGGAGGUGGUGCCCUGGUUGCCCUAUGGCUGUCUUCCACCAUCGUUGGUGCAAUCAAUUCCGUUCCUUUGUUGCCAAAGCUGAUGGAGUUGAUCGGUCUGGGAUACACCGGAUGGUUUGUGUACCGAUACCUUCUCUUUAAGUCAAGCCGAAAGGAGCUCGUCGAAGAUAUCGAGGAGUUGAAGGGAAAGAUCACUGGCGCUACCAACUCUGUGACUGGAGAAUCUUCCGCCACCGACAAAUGAAAAUAGAUCACUCUUGGAUAGCUUCCGUUAGUUAUCCGUGUAUUUUGUAGGCUUACAGACUUGUGUCAAUAUCAUGCAUAUUUGUGUAGAGGAUACAUGCGCCUCAAAUCUCGAACGAAGCGCUGUGUCAAAUCUUCGAUUUCAACAUUCUGGAAAGUGGUUUCGUCGCACAUUGUGUCGGGAGAGGGUGGGCGAAUGUUCUAUUUACAUUUUUUCCUGUCAAUUUGACGUCUGUACAACUUAUUGUUAAAGCAAGUACAAAUGAUUAUACAA